UUCCCUCAUGUUGCUUGACAUUUAGGUAUUGGAACAAGACAAAGCUACUAAAAUUCCGUCUUGUAUCUUAUUGUGUGUGUUUGUGUGUGUGUGUGUGCAACAGGUGGACCAGAGGACAGAGUUGUCAUCUAUGUGGACACGUGCAUGUCUGUACAGAAGUGCCUAUACCUCAACACGGGGGAGACAGUUGACUGACCCACAGCGGAUGUCUCGUUCCAAUUAAAAAGUCUCUCCACGUUGUGCUGCUCGGUCUUGAAACGGAGCAUCCGCCCCCUUCCUGCAGCCUCAUUGGUCGCCGCGAGCCUCCGCCGGCAUGUCAUUGGUCUCACCUGCGGGUGCCGACGCAGGAGUAGGCUGCGUCAGAUGCUGUCCAAUAAUCCAGUAAUAACAAACGGCGACGCGUCAGACAUCAGUCUCACAACACACCAGUGUAGCUUUGAGCCGGUUUGACAAAGCCCCGCGUGCAGUCCAGUUGCAAUGGGGCGUUUCGGCCGCUUCCACUGACAAUAGUGGGUUCCCAGCCACUGUGGUCCCCACCUGUCAGUUGACUUCCCAAAAGGCUUCAACAUGCUGCGAGAGAGCACCAAGGCGUGGAGCAACGGCUCAGAGGCCUACAGCAGCGAUCCUGAGGAGGACGAGGACAUGAUGUUUGGGGAGACCGAUCAGGACGGCAUGGCGGAGGAGAUGAUGGAUCUAAGCGACCUCCCCACGGCGCUCUUUGCAUGCAGCGUCAAUGAAGCUGUGUUCGAAGAGGACGGACACAGGAUGCCUGCAUGCGGGUCGGAGAGUCUGUCCAACCAAUCCAAAGAUUUGACCUGAUUUCGAAGCAAAGCAAUCAGUGGAACCAUCGGCACGUGUCGCUCUGCCCUUCCUCGUUCAUCCCCCUCCUCUCCCUCUGUCUCUGUCCCGCUCACACAGCUAUAUGGCAGCUCAUCUCUGAAGCUCCUAAGCUGCUGGACUGGGUCAAAAUACUGAACAGCUGCUGGUGUCCCACCAGAUGUGGGCUGUGAACCAGAAACAUACUAUGCUGUCAUCUCCCAUGUUUGUGAUGCUGUUUGUAAAAAUACUCUGUCCAUAAAGCAGCUUUUGUUAUUUUGUUUGUUUACUUAUUUACAUAUUGAUACGUUAUGAAAAUGUAUUCUCAAGUAUGACCAAUAGCACAAUCAAAAGGGCCUCUGGUGCAGCCUAAAAUGCUGACUGCGGUGAGUACGCGAGUCUAUGCACUGAUCCGAUGUCACGUUAUCGUAUAAUUUAUAAGAUCAUUUUCUCUAUACAGGAACAACAACAACAACACGUGUCACUCACUAAACAAUCUGAACAUCCGGCACGAUCGGUACUGCACAUGUGCAAACUAGUACUACACACAGUCUCAGGCAGGCUAUUUGUUCUCUGAUAAUGUCACAUUGUGAACAACUAAUCCGUGUUGAGAUUUGAGGGAGAGGUACUAGUUAAUGUAGCUAUUAGCAGCCGGUGGCCAUCACAGUCCUGCUCAGCUAAAUGACGGAACUAACGGCUGACUUACGGAGGUUGCAUUGAGUUGCAUUCUGAUGCACUCAGGCUCCAUUCAGUAAAAAUGGUUAUUGGGCGAAGAUAAAUGAUAAUGACGUGUUCGUUAUUGCUUUGCCACGACUGCAUUCUGCAGAGACACACCCCCUACUUUGCCUCUGAUUGAUGUAAGACUGUUGGUGUAUAAACACCUGUAUGGUGCAUUAUCUGCCCACUUUAAACCAUGUGAAAAGAGCACAAGUGACAGACACCAUGACUCAACUGAAAUAUCUAAAAGUGUUCUAACUUUGGAAAAUAAAACCUUGUGAUAAUGUAGUCAUAGUCUGGAGGCUUUUUUCAUGGAGGAAUAUUGAACAUCCUACCUGUACAGUCACAUGUGCACAUUUCACAUGGCAACAUGCUCCUUUGUGUUAAUUAGGAGAAGCAAGAGUUACAGUCAGCCUCUGGGACUUGUCUGUCACUGUUGAUUAAAGCUUGAUUGCCAAAAGUCAUGUAAAACUUAUCUGUCAAGAUUGAGUUUUUCCUCCAAAUCACUAAACACUGCGGCAGCCACAUUCUCUCUUCACCCUGUCAGCUCGUCUGUAAGAUUCAAACCAGCAGAUAAAAAACAUUUCGGAGUGCUUUAAAGGGGUGUUGAUCGCGGCUGCUUGUGCUCAUCGUUUAGAUUUGAUGUCUGGUGUCUGCUCCUCAUGUAUUCAUGCUGUCCUUUGCACCUGAUAGAUCCUCUCUCUCUCUCUCUCUCUCUCUCUCUCUCUCUUUUCACUCACCCUCCCACUACUUUUAUUCCUUCUGUGCCAUCCUGCCUCCUUGUGCUUCUCUGUUCUCCCCUGCUCUUCCUCACCUCCACCCUGUAGAUCUGUCUCUGUGCCCUGUAGACACUCUUUUAUCCUCCCAUCCCUCUGUCUCCCCCUGGCUCCCUGCGCCUGUACUUGGCUGCUUGCGUUAUAAAUAGCGUGGCCUAGAUUAUAGCAGCUGCAUUGGCGCUGGCACCAGGGGUUGGUUUGGUUGGGCCAAGAGAGGUAGCCUGGUGUAACAAGAGGUCGGCAGUGAAGGGAUGGUGUGUGCGUUUGUGUGUGUGUGUUUGUGUUUGUGCGCAGAUCAUAUUGAUAGUGCACAAGGAGGCUGCAGUCUUCAUUCCUUCCAUUAUUCUGCUAUUACAUCUCUCACACGCACACACACAGCUCAUAUCGUCUGUUUGUCGUAUUUUUAUGCAUUUCUAUUUUCGGUGAAUUGUUACCUGUGUGCUUGUGUUUGGUUUGAAUUUACAGAUGAUUAGGCACAAAUACAUUACAUAUUAAAAACAUUUUUAUUUGUCCUUGUGUGUAUGCAUUGGGUUGUUUGGUGUGUGCAUUAACGUGCGUUACGUGUUUUAUGAGCAUGCGUAUAUCCGGCCACCGUGAUGAUCCACUGCCCUGAUUUUCUCCCUCCUGCUCCUCAUGCUGAGUUCUACUUCAGAAUACAAAUUCUGCUCGUCAGUGAGCCCGAGACACAGUGUCUCACCUUUUGAGCAUUUCUGCUGCCUCUGUGUUCUCUUCUCAUCUCUUAUAAAGUGCAUCUCGUAAAUUAGACACACUGUAAUAUCUCUGCUUUUUAUAUAUAUAUAUAUAUAUAAAAUUCAUAUUUCCAUAUUCUUAAUGUAACAAUAUCCUUUGCUUUUUAUGUGCACGAUACAACAAACUUUAAGGCCAUGAAAAUAUGCAACUUUGCGGUGUCUUUCAUGACAAAUUUAGCCCCAGUUUUAAACUGAAACAUCUGGAUUGUCUUUAAAGGAGUAGUUGUCUUGCUGAGAGUUAAAUAACAAGGUGUAUUGUAAGCUUUCGAGAUACAUAAACAGUCUAGCAGUACACAUUGUAAACGUAUACAUCCAGACAAAAAUAUCCACCAUUUGAAUCAAUGACAACGUAAAAAUAAUCGUUGCUAUUGAAGUAAAACACCUACUGAUACUGUUAUUAACACGUCUUGCAAGGUGUUCGCAUUCAAACGGUUCUAAUCAUCUGCUUUUUGUAAGAAAUGAGCAGUCGCUCUUCUCACCUAUGAAUCCUUAUUUGAAACGGAUAAAGAAUGUGUUUUAUUUUCCGACAUGGGGUCUUGUUCCGGGCGUUCUGACUGCGAGAUCUAACGGAGGGAACUGUGAAUGAGCCGAAGAGGAUCGAGAAGGAGGAGGAGUAGGAGAGCUGCAGAAUGAGGCCAGAGAGGAAGAAAAGUGCUUCAUCAGCCCCAGUGAUCCAUCCUACUUAUGGAUAGUGACAAAAGGGAUCAGAGGAGUGCUUUGAUAAUCAAAACAAUUUCGGUUCACAUCCAAUGACCUGUACCGUAUAUCUGUGGCAAGUGCUGUACGGCAGCGGUUCAGAACCGUUUUAUUUUCAGACGUCCGCCCAAAAUGUCACGCUCUUAAAUUGAUAUUAAUGUGGAUGUCGCUUAACUGGGCUUUCUACGAGAUUGGGAGCAUUUCUAUUGCCUCUCACCCGCUUUCAAAAUGGCACCGGCUGAGCUUGCAGCUAACGGUAAAAGGACUUCUCGUCUUUUGACCACUCAAAAGCACUUUACUCUACAUGUCACUAUUCACCCAUUCACACACACCAACAUUCAUACACAGAAACUGCCAUGCUACCAACCCGCCCAUCAGGAUCAAAUGUAAAAUGCUCAUUCACACACACACACAAACACACACACACACACACAUUCACACAGCCGGUGCCAAGAGCUAACCGGUGGCGUUUGCUCACAUGCCCAAACAUGCACUCAAAGCUCAUAUAAAAGUGCCGAUAAUGUUAAAAUAUUUCUCUUCAUACUAUUGAAUUGUUAAUGUUCAUGUCAGUCUGUUCCAUUCGUACUACAAGCACUUGGGGUAGUAGACAUUUUAGUCAUUUAUUCAUAUGGUUUAGCUAUUUCAACAGGUUUGUUUUCACAUGUUUGAGCUAUUAUUUAUUUAAGCAUUUAUACAUUACUUUUCGUGAACUAUUUCAACCAUUUGUCCAUUGUUUUUUGCUAUGUCAGUCAUCUUUAUCUAUUAACAUUAAGCAUCUUUUUUUCCAUGACUUUUGACUUCCUCUUAUGACGCCUCUGCUCGCAUGUUAACUAGUUUCAUGCACUUUCAGCCACAGCAGGCUCUGUUCAGGUGUUACAACAGACUCAGGCAGAGGUGCGAACUGUGCAGCCUCUUGUAGCUAGAGCUUGUUAUUGUGACAAAUUUUA